AUGCCGUUGAAGAUCAAGCUUUCAAAGCAAACUUUACAGGCCUCGGAGUCAUCCCAAUCCAUGAGAGCAAGGAAACGGCGCGUGGAUUCCGAUGCAGAGCGUGAUUACUCGCGAGAGGCUACGGAGGAACCAGUUCGUCCCCGGCCGAAGAGGUCCAGGACAUACGAGACUACCGGAAGUGAUGAGGCGGUCGUCAAAGACGAAGGAGACAACGACGCCGACGUCAACGUGGAUGUUUCGUCGAGGUCGAGGAGAGGCUCGAAGUCCACUACGUCGGAGCGGAGAGGCAGUACGGCGAGCUCGAGCAAGCCAAAGCGCAAGACGCGGCAGGUCGUAUGGACCGACGACGAUGAUGAGGUAGAUCCCUCGGCCUCACCGCUGUGGACCCGGACGAUGAUGACUUCGAGCCCGAGCCCUCCGUCUACAAACGCGGUGCUGGGAAGGCCAAAGCCACGAAAGGGCCACGAGGUCCGGGCGUUCCAAGUCGAAGACCCACCUACGCCCAAGGAGAUGCCAUCAGCGUCGCGAAUACCUUUGAAGCGCGCGCCGUCAUCUGAAGACGCAGAGAUUCCUACUCAGAGCUCCGCAGGAUGCGGAGCCCCACCUCCCAAGAAACGCAAAUUGCCUCCCAUCAAGAAGAACAAGACUUCGACAACCUCCUCGACGCCUGCUGUUGCGAAACCGCCAACAACUGCACCUAAGGCCGACAGUGCCACACCAGCCAAGGACCCUGAUGGGCCUGUGGGCGUAGCGGCGAGAAAGCCUGCGGCGGCCAUGGGUGCUGCGGAUUUCGAUUUGCGAGAUGCAAGCGUAUAUGCGUCUCUGUUCAAUAAGCAAAUGCCUGAUUCGGGUCUCAACCGGAGACAACGGGAGGAAGAGCGGAAGAAGGAAUUGAAUAGGAUGCGUGACGAAGCAAGAUCGAAACGAGCUGAAGAAACUAAACACGCGUUUGACUUGCAAGCACCGCAUGACAAAAUACUCCGCUUCGAGGAGAAACUGCGUGCUCAUAGCUCCAUCGCGAUGUAUCCCAACGUCCUGGGUGCAUUCUGGAAGGAUCCGCGGAGAUGA